UAGUCAUUAGAAAGUCGGCAUGCGCUUAUUGCAAGCAGGGAAGACCAGUUGCCGUUAAUAUCAAUUGUAGCAUUGACCCGUUACAAUUGUAUACACAGUCAAACAAACAUAAGGUUGUCUCGCUACUACUUCCUUUCAUUUCCCACUUUUAAAUUUUGUUUGAAAUCAUGGUCAAGGACUACGUCGAAGCGUUUUCAGCCUUCAUGAUGGACUUCAUCUCCUUCAUUCCACCUGGUCUGAGUAUCUGUAUCGCCCUGUCCUUUAUUGAGGGCGGCAAGUACUUUAAGUCGUUCCGUCACGAGUUUUUCGGAACGAUGCUCAUGAUCGGAGCGACCUUUAGUGCCGGCAAAUGGAUCGGCAAGGAAAGUUUGCGCAUGGCGUGGACGUCGCAUGGUUUGGGUGUGAUCGCUGCCGACUACCUGGGCGGCGGCCCCCAUGUCAACCCUGCUGUCACCAUGUCCAUGUGGUGCCUGGGAAAAGUCAGUUACACGGAAGCCUUUGUGCGUGUGGCUGCACAACUCGGUGGUGGUCUCAUUUCUUUCCCACUGUAUCACGCCAUCUCCAACGCCAUGGAUUUGGAACCCUUUGGUGGACCGGAAUUCAAUAUUCCUGACGAUACCAAGCACGCCACUGAAGCUUUUCUGUCCGAGUACGUGGCAACCAUGCUGCUCAUGUUCACAAUUUACAUUUUGAACUGGGAAAUGAAUUUCGGAACCUACCACUACCUUAUUAAACAAUCCUUGACGGCCAUUGCAAUUCGCUCCUUGAUUGAAGGAUUUCCUACGGCGGGUCCGGCCAUGAAUCCCAUGUUGGCGACGGCAUGGGAUGUCUUUGGGGUGGGUUCAACCUUUGAAUAUCCCAGCGACUUUCAGCAUUAUUUUGUCUACUGGAUUGCGCCCUGGAUGGCCGCCAUUACGGCGAGUAUGCUCUACGUCAUUUACGCCGGUGGCACCGUCUUUGGUGUAAAACUGCCGAUUGGUCCCUUUAAGAAACAGUCCCCCUCUGCGCAAACGACCAAGACCACUGCCAAGAAGACUAACUAAACUGGAAAUAACUAAAAUUUUCCGUGCGC